AUGGGAGGAAAGAAAAAAAACAAAUCAAGCGCCACCACUGCCAAUACAUCAGAAACCGGAGGAGGAAUGCAAACAAAAGCUGAUCCUAAAAGCAAAUUAUCCACCACCACCAUUUUAGAAGAUGAAGGCUUGUCCGCAGCACUAGUUGUUGAAGCCGAACAUGCUGUACCUCUCAAUGUUGCUGUGGAUGCACCCAUUGUGUCAUCUUACAACGUAAAAUUUCGUCCUCUGCUUGAUGCAGUUGAUAAGCUCCGUAGCCUCAUGGUUAUGGAGGAAGGCAUUCAGCUCCCCACAAUUGUUGUUGUCGGAGACCAGUCAUCUGGUAAAUCUAGCGUUCUUGAAUCCCUUGCUGGAAUCAGUCUGCCACGUGAACAAGGCAUCUGCACCAGGGUACCCCUCAUAAUGAGGCUUCAACACCAUGCACGUGCAGAACCAGAGCUUUCACUGGAGUACAAUGGCAGAGUUAAACAGACUGAUGAGCUCAACAUUUCAAAAGAUAUUAUCAAUGCCACUAAUGUCAUUGCUGGUGGAGGUAAGGGAAUUUCUAAAACCUUAUUGACUUUGUUGGUGAAAAAGAAUGGUGUGCCUGAUUUGACCAUGGUUGAUCUCCCUGGAAUCACUAGGGGUUCCUGUUCAUGGCCAGCCUGA